CUGAAAUAACACAAACAAGCACAACCUAGCGUGAAAUCGGCCUAAAACACGAGAAUCAACACCUCAAACGGUGUAAGUAUGAGGGUAAAAACAUGUGUAAAUGACGGUCUAUCAGUUGCUAUCACUGAUGAUCCUGUCUCCUUUGAAGAAGCUGUGAAGGAUCCUCGAUGGAAUGAAGCCAUGCAGUGUGAAAUCCUCUCCAUCAAAAAGAAUGACACUUGGUUGCUGACUGAUCUUCCAUUUGGAGUUAUUCCACUUAAACUCAAAUGGAUUUUCAGAACCAAGCUUACUGAGACAGGAGCAAUCGACAAGUUCAAGGCAAGGCUGGUAGUAAAAGGCUGCUCACAGAAAUAUGGCAUCGAUUAUACUGAGGUAUUUGCCCCUGUAGCUCGUUGGGAUACCAUUAGAACUCUGCUUGCUUUUGCUGCUUUUCAUGGUUAUGAGGUGUAUCAGUUGGACGUGAAAAGCGCUUUCCUUUAUGGUGAGUUGGCUGAGGAUGUGUAUGUAGAGCAACCUCAAGGAUUUGAGGUUGCUGGGGAGGAUUCUAAAGUAUAUAAGUUGAAAAAGGCACUGUAUGGCCUCAAACAGGCUCCACGAGCCUGGUACAGUCGCAUUGAAACCUAUCUGAUCAAGAAGGGUUUUGAGAGAAGUUGUUAUGAACAUACUUUGUUUAUAAAAAGAGCAGGGGAGGAUAUCUUAAUUGUCAGCAUCUAUGUUGAUGAUCUACUGUAUACCAGCAGCAGUAAUGGGCUAAUUACAGAGUUCAAAGAGGCAAUGCAAGCAGAAUUCGAGAUGACAGACUUGGGAAGAAUGAGAUACUUCUUGGGUGUGGAAGUUACUCAAAGUCAAGCUGGGAUUUUUAUCUGUCAGCAAAAAUAUGCAAGGGAGGUGCUGGAGAGAUUCAACUUGCAGCACUGCAGUCAUGCCCACAAUCCAAUUGUUCCAGGGGUUAAGUUGACAAAAGCUGGAGAUGGUGUGCUUGUUAACUCAACUGAUUACAAGAGAUUGGUUGGAAGCUUGUUAUAUAUCACAGCAACCAGACCAGAUCUCAUGUUUGUGGUCUGUCUUCUUAGCAGGUUCAUGGAGAUGCCAACGAGGCAGCAUAUGUUGGCAGCCAAGAGGGUGCUGAGAUACAUCAAGGGCACUAUGCAGUUUGGUAUCUGGUAUAAGAGGAAGCAAGAAGAAGAGAGCUUGGUAGGGUAUACUGACAGCGAUUAUGCAGGAGAUGCUGACGAUAGGAAGAGCACUAGUGGCUACGCUUUCUUCCUUGCAGGUGGUGCAGUUUCCUGGGCCUCUAAGAAGCAACCAGUGGUCACUUUAUCCACCACAGAGGCAGAGUUCAUUGCAGCAGCCUACUGUGCAUCUCAAUGUGUGUGGCUUAGAAGAAUACUGGAGCAGAUUGGGUGGAAAGGAGACGGGAACACAGCCACAACAAUCAUGUGUGACAACAGCUCAGCCAUCAAACUCUCCAAGAACCCAGUGAUGCAUGGCAGAAGCAAACACAUCGAUGUAAGAUUCCAUUUUCUUAGAGAAUUGGCAAAUGAUGGUGUGAUUGUGUUGGAACACUGUGGAAGCCAGCAGCAGGUAGCAGAUAUCAUGACUAAAGCUCUCAAGUUGGAGACUUGUCAGCUGCUGAGAACCAAGCUAGGAAUGGUCGACAUUAGGGAAUUCGAAGGAGAAGGUUGAAGAUCAAGCAGGUAAACUGAAGCAGUGCACCAGUCUUCAGUUUAGGGGAGGACUUUGUUGGUUAUAGGUCUCGAACUCAGGUCAUUAGAAAUAAAGCAGCUGGCUCAGUGGUUUUUCUUUAGUUUAGUCCUUUCGUGGUUUUAGCAGAGUAGUUAGUAGUCCAGCGAUCUAUUUGGAUCUUGCUGUUGAGGUCUGUUGAGGUUGUUGAUCAUGGCCGAUUCCUGUGGCCUUCUUUUGUACUUAAGGACGUUGGUGUCCACUUUGAAUAAACGUCAGAUUGCAAUACAUCGAGUUAACACAAAUACCAUUCAAAAGUAGUUGAUCAUGAUGUAACCAGUGGCAUUAGGCAGAAUUCUACUGUCAAUUUCAUCCUUGGUAAUUUGGUGAGGUGGAGUUGGAGUCGUUCCAUCAAUGUAGCCAAGCAGAUCGAGGCUAACAAGCAGAGGCAUGACCCAACCAUUCCGAAAGGAGGUGAAUUUGAGAGGAAGGGUAGGUGUUGGGUUGAUCGCAACUAAAACCACGAUCGUGGGUAUCCGACCACCCCAACCCAAUCAAUACGUGGAAUUAGGGGUAGUCAUCGGUCCGGUCCAGAUCGAAUCGGAUCAAAUUCAGGAAAACCGCAAUCCAAUAGUGAAAGAUAUCUUAGGACCAAGGACCGAAUCAAUAGUGAAUUUGGUUUGCUUUGGUCCGAUCCAAAAGUGAAUUUGGUUCAUUUUUCUUCAAUACUUAUAAAAUUCAUGGGACCAAAAACCAGACCAAAUUAUAUUCGAUUCGGUGUGGUCUGGUCCAGACAUCGGUUUGGUCCGGUGUGAUCCGGCAUGGUCGCAUGGACCAACCCAUUGCUCACCCCUACAUGGAAUCCCCGUAUUAACUUGGUACGAGUGGGGAUAGGCCUAAAAUAUUGAUGGGCUGGAGUGGAUAUACUCUCUAGCAUCAUACCCAUACCCAUACCCAUCCCCGCCCAAAAAAAAUUCUUAAAUUAAUUUGAUUGGAUGCUAAAAAAUAGUGAUUAUCUUAUGGACAAAAUAUAUGUUACAGAAAUGGGUGUUUUGAAUUUGAAUUAAUAAUGAUUAUAUCUUUGUUGACUUUAUGGUUUAGCUCUAUUUGAUCUUAUAACCCAAAUUUUGUAUGUUUAGAAAGAUUUAUUAUAUAAAUUCUAGGCAUAUUACUAAUGAAUAUAUACGAGGUGAGUAUUACCCACGAAUGAAAAUCACGGAUAUGGAGAUGGAGUUUCAAAAUCUCUCUUCAAAUGGAUAUGGGGUGUGUAUGGUAUCUGACCACGAUCGCAACUAAAAUCACGAUCGUGGGUAUCCGACCACCCCAACCCAAUAAAUACGUGGAAUUAGGGGUGGGCAUCGGUCUGUCCGGAUCGAAUCGGACCAAACUCAGGAAAACCGCUGUCCAAUAGUGAAAGAUAUCUUAGGACCAAGGAUCGGACCAAUAGUGAAUUUGGUUCGCUUUAGUCCACUUUGGUCCGAUCCAAAAGUGAAUUUGGUUCAUUUUUCUUCAAUACUUAUAAAAUUCAUGGGACCAAAAACCAAACCAAAUUAUAUUCGAUUCGGUGUGGUUCGGUCCAGACAACGGUUUGGUCUGGUGUGAUCCGGCAUGGACCGAUCCAUUGCCCACCCCUACAUGGAAUCCCCGUAUUAACUGGGUGCGGGUGAGGAUAGGCAUAGAAGAUUGAUGGGAUGGAGUGGAUAUAGUCUUUAGCAUCAUACCCAUAGCCAUACCCGCCCCACAAAAAAAAUUCUUAAAUUAAUUUGAUUGGAUGCUAAAAAUAGUGAUUAUCUUAUGGACAAAAUAUAUGUUACAGAAAUGU